AUAAAAAAUGUCAAAUUUAUCUCCUUCAUCCCUACCUCCUCCAGGCAAGUACACCCUCUAACCCUCUAGGACACCCUAAGAACCCCCCAAAGGGAUCAGCACCUCCAAAUCUCUCCUAAAAUCCCUGAAACAAUGCACUUCCACCACCCAGUCUACCGUGACCUAAAGCCUCUUCCAAAACGAAGCUAUAGCCAGAACCUAGCCCCUCUCAGACCAAAAGAGAGCCGCAUAAAUCCCCAUUCUGGCUCUCUGGUCGCUGAGCCAAGCUAUAAUGCCAAAGUCCAAAGUACUAAAAAGAGCCAAGAACAGAGCCUAGAGAUUAUCAAGAUCAGUAUAAAUAAAUGACCAACAAAUCCUGUUUCUGGAAGAAACCAGCUAGCUCAAUUGAAAAGACCAAUAAUGGGAUAUCAGUCAAGAGCAGAUCAAUAUAUGCAAAAGAAACAGUACAUAUGAAGCCCAUAUCAGGAAGUUUAUCCUACAAUCUCCUCUGUAUCACCAUAUGAAAGUCCAGUGAACCGUUCAGAACUAAUAUUGGCUAAUCCUGAGUCUUUUGUCUCAAACUGAGAACAAGAUCAUGAGCGGAUGACCAGAAGACACUAACGAUGAUAGGAAUGUCACCCAGGUCUAUAUCAACGGAGGCAUCUCAGACUGAGUAAAAUCUAUUCCGGAUAUUUUAAAAUAAAUGUAAGAAUAUAAUCCGGUCUAAGAGCCAGAGGAGCCAUUUCAAUUCAAAGAAGAGAAUCAAGAAUUGUAUAAAAACCUAUUUAAACAAGAAGCUGCCUCUUUAUAAGAAAAGUGCAUUGACAAAGUCUAAAUUUCCUUCUAUCAGGGCUGGAGGGAUGUACUUGACUGAGCCAAAACAAGCAUUGCCUAUUCGUCCGGCUCUCAAGAAGGAUCUGAGGAGGCAUCCUUCGAACAACCGAGCUAAGAAGCAAUAUUAUUAGGCCAAGUCUCACAUCAAAAGGCAGGAUACAAUAAGAUCCGAGGAAUGAUCCCCACUUUUCCUUUGAAAUAUGACAGAAAAAGACUGAAAAGUCUGACUAGAAGAGAUAGUUAUCUCGGAUCCAUUAGUGAAAAGAGUUUGUAAAGCUAAGCAAGUUUAGUGCAAAAGUGCUAUUUUCA